AUGUCUUUCCGCGACAACACCGUCGUUGUCCUCGAGACCGGCCGCGACGUAAUCUAUGCAGGCCAAGGACUGCACGAACUCCUCAGGACCCCCGCGGUCUAUCUCAACGCUCGGGUUGGACUGCGAACUCAGAAUGCGCAGAGCAGUUCCCCUGCCGUGAGCGAUUACCUGGUCGGCAAAGAGCUAGAGGAGGCCCUCUCGAACGGUCAGGACAACAUCCAGGUCUCGUAUCCAUUUGCAGAUGGAGACAUCGGUGACUGGACGCAAGCAGAGGCAAUAUGGAAACACGUACUCUUCAAGCAGCUCGGCUUGCGCCGGCUUCAAAUGGAAUCUCCUGUCAUCCUUUCAAUCUUCCCCGGCCUCUCGCGCGACGCCUACGAACGCAUAUGCAAGCUCUUCUUUGAGCGCUUCAACGUCGCUGGCUUUACCAUCAUCGAGCGCCCUGUCUCCCAGCUAUAUGCCGCAAAUGCGGUCUCCGGCGUAGUUGUCGAUAUUGGAAACCAUGCGACAGACGUUACGCCGAUUUACGACGCCGUCCCCAUUUACGCAGGACGCCUGACCACCAGCAUCGGCCUACGUGACUGCGAGCGCUACCUCGCGCACCUCCUACGCGCCAACCCAUCCGUCAUGGGUGCAAUCUCGCCAUCGGAAGCGCCACUACCCGAGGACGCCCUGGAGACCGCACUCCUCGAGCUCGUGCAUAUGCUCUGGGAGCAGGACCAUAUCCGCCCGCCCUCACACGGUGAGCAGGCCGCGACACAGGAGGACGAAGGCAUCACCGACAUCGGCGCCAUCGUCGCCGCCGGCAAAGAAAAGGCCAUCAUUGAGAACGGCAUGCGCAAGAAGGCGACCGCGAAGCAGACCCAGGCCGAGCAGGCGCGCCAGCGCGAGAUCGAGGCGCUCGACCUCAUCACGGUGAAGUUCCGGGAAAAGGAGAUUACGCUUGGCAAGGAGCGGCACCGGUUCUGCGAGCCGCUUUUCGAUGUGGAGCUGGUGGACCGGAUACGAAAGGUGGAGGCGGAGGAACCGAAGCAGCCACACAUAUCGCUGCAGGAGGCGGUGAACCAUGCAAUCUCGUUGGGUGUGAUUGACCAGAGGCAGUAUUUGUGGCGCGGGCUGUUUGUCACGGGCGACAUAACGCGGCAUGUGUCAGGCAUAGGUGCUGGGCUGCGCUCGAGAUGUCAGCCCUUCAUUGUGAAGGAGGAUGUUGCCACGGACGUGCAGCCUCGCACAAUCCAUACCCUCCACAUUCCGGAGUACUACCCAGAAUACAGAGAUAGCGGCGAUUGCUAUGCUGCGUAUCUGGGCUCGAGUAUCACUGCAAAGAUUAUCUUCCACGACCCUCACGCGAAAAACUUCGUCUCCAAAAGCGACUAUGCGACGUAUGGGCCGCGCGUCAUCCUCGAGUCCUCUACAGCUCUCUUGUGA